AUGGAAAUUCAAAGAAGAAGACCCAGCGUUGAUGCUGAAAUAUUUGCCGAAUUACUUAAAAUCCAUACUGUUGCCAUUCAAAAUCCAGCAAUUGAGGACGCUAAAGAAAAACAGCCGGACACAGAAAUCACAGUAGCCCCACUUAUUACUUCAAAUGAAAAUAAAGAGCCAGAGAAGGCUCCAAUUAUAAAAAAAUACUGUAAAAUCUGCAUGAAUGACGAAGAAGAUAUUAUUGCUUUUGAUUGCGCUCAUCAAUUUUGCAACAAUUGUGUCAAUAUGCUCCUUUUAUAUUACAUAGAGUCAGGAAACGUAUCUGAAGAAUUCGCAACCUGCCCUGACUGCAAGCGGCCUAUAUCUGACGAUAUUUUCCAGAUUCUUCCAGAAGAAGCUUAUUCUCGAUAUAAGUAUCUAUUUGAGAAGCAUAAAGUUAAUAAAAUAGUAGCGUCCGGAGUAGCCAUUUUGUGCCCAGUAACUGAUUGCCCAGGAUACGCCCAUAUAAUUCCAGAGCAGCCAAUCUCUGCUUGCACUGAAUGUAUGGCAACGAUAUGUGUUUUAUGCAAAUCAGGGACUCAUCCUAUGCAAACUUGUGAAGAAUAUGCAGCUGAAAAUAAGGAUACACAAAUGGACUCAUUAUUAAGAUCAAGAUAUUGAAAAAGAUGUCCCACGUGCGGUGUUGCUGUUGAAAGGACAGAAGGCUGCAAUUUUAUGGUAUGCUAUUCGACCUUCUGCCAAGGCUCUCAUGCAUUCUGUUAUGCAUGUGGAAAAUACUUGGUUGAAGACACAUAUUAUAUGCAUUUCACUAAUCCUUCAAUUGAUGACAAUAAUUGCAAUACCCUAUUGGGUGACACUGAUCAUGACUACUAA